UGUAAACAUCCUGAUUAAAUCGUGCAGAAAAUAUUUUAUGGAGCAGAAUUAAUGUUUACAGUUUAUUAUCUUUGCCCAUGUUUUUAUCAAUUUCCUCCAAAAAUGGUAUAUAAAAGCUCGUUAUUGUAAGUUGUACAAUAUAAUUCCUGCAGUACCCGUGCAGCCACUGACAUGUUGACGAUAUAUCUAGUUUGUUUGUCAUACUUGCUGAUUGCAGCUGACAGCCAGCUCUGCAAGCCGCAGUACUUGUUCAGCACCGAAGCAGAGGGCUGGCUGAAGCUGCACACGUUCCCCGCUUCUUGGGAGAAAGCUCUCCGGAAAUGCACCUACGAAGGCGCAGUGUUAGCGUCUCCACUAGACGCGGGGCUAGUGAAUGCUAUUCGCUCAACAAUGGCUCAAAACGGAGUUAACGGUCCGAUCUUCCUGGGAACACAUAACUUGCACUCUGGUCAUCACUUUGUUUCUGUGGAAGGAGUGCCGUUGUCUAACAUGAAAAUAAACUGUGCUCUACAAACUAGCCCAGAUGUAUCAGGGCUCUGCUUGACUACGACCGUCAAUGGACCCUCACAAUACAUGAAUGUCACUUCAUGCAAGGACUCGCUUCCCUACAUAUGCUAUAGGAAGCUCGAUAACAGAACCAUGAACAAAUGUGGCACCUUUGACGACGCAUACCACCUCAACAAGCAGACAGGUAGCUGCUACAAGGUCCAUCAUAAGAAGGCGACUUGGCACAAUGCAUAUGAGAUAUGCGCUGCUGAGGGAGGCCACUUGGUCGUCAUCGAUGAUAAGGAAGAGGCUCUCGUCAUCAAAAACAUGUUCCCUACUCCCCCUGAUGGCAAGGUUGACAAGUGGGAUGCAUUCUUUAUCGGCUUGUUUGCAUAUGGCGAUCCACUUGACUGGAUUACAGUUAAUGGCGAUAGACUAGACGAUGUGUAUAACUAUUGGGAACCUGGCCAGCCAGAAAACACGGGACGCGUCGCAAGUAUAAUCCGAUCUGGUAAUUUAGACGACAUCAACAGUGACAAAAAGCUCAUGUUCAUCUGCGAGAAGUCGCCUACAGCGUUACUGUUCGAGCCCUCACCAGUAAAGUACUCUGAAAAUGGACGAUAUGUGAAAUGUUAAAAGCGUCAUACUUGUAUUUAUUCAUUAUCCACUCUAACGUCCGUGGAUAGUACAGUAUCCAAGAAAAAAGUAGCGUCAUACGCCCAUGGAUACUAUAGUAUCCAAAGCGACGAGUUGUGUUUAACUCCAUCUAUUUUAAAAUACGGUAUUAUUUGUUGAGUUUUGACAGAUUAUCUAUAUAGCUGAUGAAAUAGUUCGACGAAAAAAUAAGAGAUGGUAGUGUAACAAGCUAUUGACAAAAAAAAAAAAAAAUUAAGUUCAGUUGACGCGUUUGACGUUCGUUUCGUUAAGUGUUUUUAUAAGUGUCAACUAUUAUGUCGUUUUGUUUUAUUUAUUUUACAAGUGUUAUACAUCAAAAUAAACUAGAAGAUUUGGGCUUUACGAUGAUGUUUAAAUAUCACAGUUUUACCUGAUAAAUCUAGUCUAAUUUUAACUUCAAACGAUUGUUGUUUCGAAAAAAGUCCGGUAAAGGUCAUAGGCCAAUCUUAGUUUUGUUUAUACAUAUUUUACAAACUUUGCAUUAAAAUAUUAUAUUUAAUAUCGUAAUAAGCAAAAUAAUACAUUUUUCAAACAGAAAUAUACUAAAUUCAUUGAAAAUUUCGUAAUAGCCUUCUCGAGCGCGGGAGACAUCGCGGUAAAAUUACGAAGAGUAGUGUUUUGUUUCGAUUUAAUUAAAAUACUUAGAAUUAACCGAAUAUAAUCAAAUAUACAUCAGAAGAAAGGGUAAUAAGCCUAGUUUGUUCUGAAAAUAUUUUAUUGAUAAAAUAUGCAACAGUUGUCCCUUAUAUUUUAAAAUGGUAGAAAUAAAUGUGUUUUUUUCUCCUUAAAAUCAUGUUUAACCCGGAUUUUAGUAUCAAAGAUUAUAACUAACGAUUUUAAAAUAUCAUUAACUUUGAUCUGUAUUCUUUAACCAUUUUUUUCGUAUUUUUUUCUUUAUUUUAGCCAUUACGGUUCAGUAGCUGUAUAGGUUUUUU